AAAAAUUAAACAAAUAAGCGUUAACUAACUACUCACCUCCCUUACCCCCCCGAGACUUUCGAAACCCCUCACAAACCCUUCUCCAGGGUUAGUUUUAGGGUUUUGCCUUUCUACACAUAAAAAAAAUCCCUCCUCUUCCUUCCAGUAAUAAUAAUCUCACCAAUUUAAACAACAAUGCCAAGGAACAGAAGCCGGAGCAGAAGCUACAGUCCUCGUCGCCGUAGCCGAACCCCUCCACGUGGCCGAAAGCGACACGACGACGAAGAUCGCCUCCGUGACAGCCGUUCUUACCGUGACCGUCGCUCUCCCGCUCCCUCCGGCUUGCUCAUUCGCAAUCUCCCUCUCGAUGCCAGGCCUGAAGAUCUUAGGAGGUCAUUUGAGAAAUUUGGUCCCUUGAAAGAUAUUUAUCUGCCCAAGAAUUACUACACUGGGGAACCAAGAGGGUUUGGAUUUGUGAAGUAUCGCCAUUCUGAAGAUGCGGCUGAGGCAAAGCAACGGAUGGACCACAAAACUAUUGGUGGACGUGAGAUAAGAAUUGUUUUUGCUGAAGAGAACAGAAAAACACCUCAAGAAAUGCGUAGGACCACUCACGUAAGUGAUCGACAUGGAGGCAGCUCCAGAGGGAGAACAUCACCAAGGUCCCCAAGACACCGCCAUCGUUCAUACUCACGCUCACCUUCACCGGCUAGGCAUGAUUCAAGGGAUCGUGGUGUGAAGGAUGAUUAUCGCUCCCGACGGAGAUCAAGAUCCAUUUCACACUCUCGUUCCCCACGAGAUGGGAGAGACUAUCGGGCAGACCAGCAGUCACUGAGUCCAAGGGAGAAUGGGCCAAGCCCCGGGGAGAGGGACCAUGCAUCUGGCAGAUCAAGGACUCCAAGGGCCUACAAUAAUAGUCCAUUGAGGUCUCGUUCGUGAUCCUAUGGUUCUCGCUAAUGGCCGUUCUUAUGUAUGUUGCCAUUCUAUGCUGGACGAGAUUCCAUGGGAGAUCAUACUGUGGGGAGUAACUAUAAGCUAGAUGAAGGAUGUGUAUUUGGCUAUGAUCUGUGGAUUUCUUUUGGGUUGAAGGACUUGUUAUCUCUGUGAAUAGUACGCAUUCUAUUGCACGUCAAUAUUUUGUGCUGAUCAUGAGGUUCCUGUUGGAAAUGAUACUGUGGGCACUGGCAAAGCUAGAAGAAGAAUGCGUGUCUUACUAUGACGCAUGCAUCUUGUUUUUGGUUUAGCAAAGGCUUUGGCUGAUGGUCCUUUUCGGCUACCCCUGUUCAUGCGGAGUGAAUUUAGUUCCAUCCUUCACUAGUAUUCCAUAAAAUUGGUGCUUGUAAUUUCCAGAGCUCAGUCUUCUAUUUUAUCAGCUGGCUUUUAGUGCA